AUGAAAUGAAUUUUCUUGGAAGUGGUUACAUGAGCUACACACAAUUGUUGAUGGCUGCUGAUCAAGAGGUACUAUAAGUGCCUUUAUAUUGUUGACUUUGACAUGUAUAGUGGAAACAAAAAAAUGUUGAAAAAUGUCAACAAAUAAAAUAUAAACUACAUAACAUGUUUGUGGUCACAGGCUGGUAUUGGUGGAUCUCAACAUUCUGGUCAACAACAAGGUUCUGGUGGCAGGGGGUUUUGUGAGAAUGACGCAUACAUGAUAACUGAGCGGUAUGGGCGUUUGCAAGGACAAGAUGAGGGGGGCGAGCCAACAGGGAGGCAGCAAGCGGGAAAUGUAGAUGUGGGGGCAGAAGGUUUCCCUAGCUGGAGCUGGGAUGGCAACACAGCUGAAGCGCACCAAGGUUGCAGCUACCAACCUAGAUACAGAGAACAAGACAGCGAUGAUGGUGAUUUUGACUUUGAUGAAGGUGAGGAUGACUUGGAUGAUGAUUUGGAUGAUGAAGUUGCUGCUGGUUCAAGCCAUGGACCUAGUUUCCCUGAGGACAUGAGUCUUGAUGGUGGUUUGGGUGAUGAUUCAGCAGCUGCUGGCUCCAGCCAUGGCCCUAGUUUCACGGAUGGCAUGAGCUUCGAUGAUGUUUCAGACAAUGGUAAACAAGCAGACACACAUGGAAAAAAUAAGAAUGUCUGUGAUUGUGAUGAUCAACAGGAAGGUGGGCCAGUGCAACAAGAAAAUGUUGAACACCUGUCACAGGAGGACAUACUCAUGUUCAUAGAAAGUGACAGUGUCUGUGUGGCUCAGGCUCAGACUUGCAGCCAAGAAGUACGGAGCUACCAUGUGCCAUAUGUGGGCAUGGUCUCUGAUUCUUGUGAUGCUGCCCAUGCAUUCUACAAUGAGUAUGCAACCAUUUGUGGGUUUGCAAUCAAGAAAGCAGGCAACUACCAUGCAACUAAACCUGGUGGCAAGGCAGUGUCCCAUUACAUUUACAGGUGCAACCGCUCUGGUAAAGUUGUUGGCGAGGAUGUGCUUGAAGAAAGGAAAAAACAGAGGCAGCUCAAGAAGCAAGAAAAAACAGGGAUCCCCCCGCCUGAGAAGGCAAAAAGGAAGAGGAAAAACUUCAUACAAAUAACUGGGUGCCAGGCUAAAAUGAUUGCAACACUAAAAGGAGACAAAUGGGUUGUCACGGUUGUUGACCUGGAGCACAACCACACCCUUAGCCCUCCAGACGAGAGCAAGUAUCUCAGAUCGCACAAGAAGAUGACAGAGGAAGAGAAGUUGUUUAUCAGGACAUUUAACUCUGUACAGAUGCCCACUAGGAAGAUUAUGGCCAUUCUUUCUUACCUGCGAGGGGGUGAUGCACCAUACACUAAGAAAUAUGUUAGCAAUGUGAGGACGGCAAUAAACAGAGAGAAUGACAAGGGAGAUAUGCUGCAGGUCCUUGAGUACUUUAGGAACAAACAAAAGGAAGAUCCAAAUUUCUACUAUGCAUUCAAAGUUGCUGACGAGGACAUCAACAAGGUGUUGUGCAUAUUCUGGGCGGAUGGCUACUCGAGAAAAAUGUAUGAGCUGUAUGGUGAUUGUUUGAGUUUCGACAUGACAUACAAGACAAAUCGUUACAAUAUGUCGUUUGCACCGUUUGUUGGCAUCACUGGACACGGGCUCAACUGCUUGUUUGCUUGUGCUAUAGUGCACAACGAGACGGUGGACACAUUUGAAUGGCUUUUCGACACAUUUCUGGACUGCAUGCGUAGAAAAGCUCCUCUCACGGUCAUUACUGACCAAGAUGUGGCGAUGAAGACCGCGGUUCCUGCUGUUUUCAAGGGUGUUGUUCAUAGGUGUUAUCUCUUCCACAUAAUGAAAAAGGUUCGGGAAAGAUGUGUGAGAACCUUUUCAACACAACCAGACUUGUAUGUUGACUUCAGCGACAUCAUGCAUAACUGCCUGACAGAGGCAGAGUUUGAGACAUUGUGGCCACCGAUGACGCAGAAAUAUGGAGUAGAUAAUGUCAAGUACUUCAGGUACAUGUGGAAGUACAGGAAGUUGUUUUUCCCAGUCUAUUUCAAGAAAAGCGUCUUCCCUUUCAUCCACUCGACUGCCAGGAGUGAAGGGACAAAUGCCAUAUUCAAGGACAAUGUAGGCUCAACAUUCAGUGUGAUUACCUUUUUGCGUGAGUAUGAGCGAAUAUUGAAAGCGAUGCAGGAGAAUGAGAAGGAACAAGACUCUAUUACCAGAACAACAAAGCCAACCUACUGGCUGGGCACUAACUGGAAUUGCAGGCUGCAGAGAAGUACAACAGAGCGAUAUUCUACAGAUUUCAGAAAGUUAUAAAGUUUG